CGGGGAGGAAGUAUUUAUUGUUCGAGGGCACAGGAGAGCCGGGCAGCGGUGAGAUUCUCCGGAGGCUGAGCUGUGUUGCUGCACCAUGGCACCCAAGAAAGCCAAGAAGAGGGCAGAGGGGGCCAACUCCAACGUGUUCUCCAUGUUCGAGCAGACCCAGAUCCAGGAGUUCAAGGAGGCCUUCACCAUCAUGGACCAGAACCGCGACGGCUUCAUCGACAAGAAUGACCUGAGGGACACGUUUGCCGCCCUGGGGCGUGUAAAUGUGAAGAAUGAAGAAAUCGAUGAAAUGCUCAAGGAGGCCCCCGGGCCAAUUAACUUCACUGUGUUCCUUACCAUGUUUGGGGAGAAGCUAAAGGGCGCGGACCCCGAGGAGACCAUUCUCAACGCGUUCAAGGUGUUCGACCCCGAAGGCAAAGGCGUGCUCAAAGCUGACUAUGUCCGGGAGAUGCUGACCACGCAGGCAGAGAGGUUCUCCAAGGAGGAGAUGGACCAGAUGUUCACAGCCUUCCCGCCCGACGUGACCGGCAACCUGGACUACCGGAACCUGGUGCACAUCAUCACCCACGGCGAGGAGAAGGACUGAGCCGCCCGCAGCGCAGGGCUGGGAGCCCGGCUGCAAACCCCGCCCGAGCCCGGUCCAAUAAAUGCGAGGUGCGAAUCUG